GUAAAAGAUGAUGUUCGGCAACGGCAAGAUUUAUAUUCUUUACUUUACGUUCCUCACCCUUUUAUUAUCCCGGGUGGCCGUUUUCGAGAAUUUUACUACUGGGAUUCUUAUUGGAUUUUGAAAGGACUUCUUUUUUCUGAAAUGACUGAUACUGCGAAAGGUAUCAUCAGGAACCUGGCUUAUAUGGUCGAGAAUCAUGGAUUUGUUCCGAACGGUGGUCGUGUCUACUACUUAUUACGUUCCCAGCCUCCUUUGUUGAGUCCAAUGGUCUAUGAAUAUUAUUUGGCCACGGGAGACUUAGACUUUGUUCAAGAGGUACUGCCUCUUUUGGAGAAAGAGUACAGAUUUUGGCUUUCACAACGAUCGCAGUCUUGGUUUGAUGAAUCGUCGGAAGAGAAAUUUCAGUUUUUUCAAUACCGAGUUAAAAUGAAAACGCCCCGCCCAGAAUCUUAUCGAGAAGACAUGGAACUUGUGAAAGAUAUUCAGAAACAAGCCGAUAAAGAACUUUUGUGGUCAAACGUGGCGUCAGCCGCUGAAACUGGAUGGGAUUUUAGUACCCGAUGGUUUGCGCAAAGUGGACCAGGCAUGCACGAUAUGAAGACCAUUCGCACGUGGUCUAUCGUACCAGUAGACCUGAAUGCUUUCAUGUGCAUUAAUGCAAGAAUUCUUGGAGCUCUCUCUGAAAUCACAGGUGACUUUAAAAAGGUCAUUUAUUACCAGUCAAAAUAUGAACAAGCGAAGGUAGCGAUGAAGAAGCUAAUGUGGAAUGAAACUGAUGGUAUUUGGUACGAUUACGAUCUUGAAACAAAGCAUCACUCCAACACAUAUUACGUCUCGAAUGCUUUACCUUUGUAUGCCAAGUGUUAUGACGAUGAAGAUGAUGUAACUCCCCAUAGAGUGUAUGAGUACUUGAAGAGGGAAGGUGUUCUGAAUUUUACUAGUGGUUUGCCUACCUCGCUUGCCAUGGGUAGUGAGCAACAAUGGGAUAAAGAGAAUGCUUGGCCUCCGAUGAUACAUAUGGUUAUAGAAGGUUUUCGAACUACUGGAGACCCACUGCUAAUGAAGGCAGCUGAGAAAAUGGCUACCAAAUGGCUAACCGUUACGUACAAAUCGUUUAUUAGAACCCACUCUAUGUUUGAAAAGUAUAAUGUUUCUGCCAUGUUAGAGGAGUGUGCAGCAGGCGGAGGAGGUGAAUAUGAAGUUCAGACUGGUUUUGGAUGGACUAAUGGAGUAAUUCUUGAUUUAUUGGACAAAUAUGGCGAUAAGAUGAAUUCGGGUGCUUUGCCUAAGGGUCUUUUUUCUACACUUUCAUUUCUUUGGUGCUUUAUUUACCUAUGGCGGGGUUUAUAA